CGGACCGUCCCGCAGGGCGAAGCAGCCCGGGAAGAGAAGAGGCCGCCAUGGAGCACAUCCGCACGCCCAAGGUUGAAAACGUCCGUCUAGUUGAUCGAAUAUCUUCUAGAAAAGCAGCAACAGGGACACUGUAUCUGACAGCCACUCAUGUCAUCUUUGUGGAAAACGUGCCUGAGAUCAGAAGAGAGACAUGGGUUCUUCAUAGUCAGAUUUCCUCCAUUGAGAAGCAGGCGACCACUGCCGGCGGAAGCCCGCUGCUGAUCCGUUGCAAGAACUUCCAGACUCUGCAGCUGGUCAUUCCUCAGGAAAGAGACUGCCACGACGUCCACAUUUCCUUAAUGCGCCUGGCCCGACCAGUAAAAUACGAGGAGCUGUACUGCUUCUCGUUCAACCCCAAACUGGACAAGGAAGAAAGGGAACUAGGAUGGAAGCUUGUGGAUCUUGGGGAAGAAUAUCAGCGAAUGGGCGUCCCAAAUAACUACUGGCAGAUCAGCGACGUGAACAGAGACUACAGAAUCUGUGACUCUUACCCUGCGGACCUCUAUGUCCCCAAGUCCUUGACGGCUCAUGUCAUUGUGGGGAGUUCCAAGUUCCGCAGCCGGAGGCGGUUUCCAGCGCUUUCCUACUACUGUAAGGAGAACCAUGCGACCAUCUGCCGGAGCAGUCAGCCGCUGUCCGGCUUCAGUGCCCGCUGCCUCGAGGACGAGCAGGUGCUCCAGGCCAUCAGGAAAGCCAAUCCCAGAAGUGAUUUCCUUUAUGUUGUUGACACUCGGCCCAAACUCAACGCCAUGGCCAACCGGGCUGCAGGGAAAGGCUAUGAGAAUGAGGACAAUUACUCCAACAUCAAGUUCCAGUUCAUCGGCAUCGAAAACAUCCACGUAAUGCGGAGCAGCCUGCAGAGAAUGCUGGAAGUGUGCGAGCUGAGGGCCCCGUCCAUGAGCGACUUCCUGUCGGGGCUGGAGAACUCGGGCUGGCCGCGACACAUCCGAGCCAUCAUGGACGCAGGCUUCUUCAUCGCAAAGGCGGUGGCGGAGGAGGGGGCCAGCGUCCUUGUCCACUGCUCGGACGGCUGGGACCGGACUGCCCAGGUGUGCUCCGUGGCCAGUCUGCUCCUCGACCCACACUACCGGACGCUGAAGGGUUUCAUGGCGCUGAUUGAGAAGGACUGGAUCGCCUUCGGCCAUAAAUUCAACCACAGGUACGGCACCCUGGUCGGGGACCCCAAAGAGGUGUCGCCCGUCAUGGACCAGUUCCUGGAGUGCGCCUGGCAGCUGACGGAGCAGUUCCCCUGCGCCUUCGAGUUCAACGAGAGGUUCCUGCUCCACGUCCAGAACCACGUCUCCUCCUGCCAAUUCGGGAACUUCCUGGGGAACAGCCAGAAGGAGCGCCAGGAGCUCAGGAUCCGGGAGCGGACUUCUUCCCUCUGGGCUCACCUGUGGAGGAACCGGGGAGACUACCUGAACCCCCUCUAUCGCCCGGACUCCGGCCGCAACCAGAGACUCCUCUGCCCCCCGGCCGCGCCGGCCAGCUUCGUGAACAAAUUCUGGAGCGGCCUGUACAACCGCUUCGAGGCCGGGCUGCGGCCCCGCCAGUCGGUGACCGACUACCUGAUGGCAGUGAAGGAGGAGACGCGGCAGCUGGAGGAGGAGCUGGAGGUGCUGGAGGAGAGGCUGGAGAAGGUUCAGUGGGGCCGAGCAUCGGUCAGCAGGGCCGGAGAGCAGGAAGGACGGCCAGAGCAGAGGAGCAGUUUGGGGGUCUCCCGCUCGCCGUCCCCCUCCGGCCGCAGCCCCGACCCCAGCCCCAGCCCGACCAGCCCGACCAGCAGCACACCGCCCACACCGGGCAACAGUGGCACCGGGACUCCUUUCCCGUCCUGCAGCCCCUCGCAGGGCGAUGAGGACUCCGCCCUGAUCCUCAUCCUGGGCCAGGACAAGCGGAAAUGCUCGGACGCCGACCUCUCGGCCGCCAGUGACCAGGAGUCUGGAGUGGAGGACUUGAGCUGCCGCUCUGCCAGCGGUGGGGAGGGGGUGCCCGGCGACGACAGUGGCAAGGACUCGGACGAGGCGGUGUUUCUCACGGCCUGAGGGUCCCCCCGGGCCAAGGGCGGGCACUGCCAAGAGGUAGGGAGCUGGCCAGGUCCCAGUGAUGACCUCCCACACCCUCGACCCACGGGGCUCAACCCCAUCACGGGGAAGGAGACGGGGCAGUGCUCAGGUCACCCCCCUUCUUCCCUCACCAAACCGCUCUCCGAAACCCCAGGCAGGACAAACCCGGCCUUCCCACCCUUCCCGGGAACAGGCAACCAGAUGCCCUGGGAAUAGGACUCACUAAGUAGCUUUCCUUUCAGGCUCCUUUUACCUUCGGUGCCACUAGUUUAAACGCCCUAAUCCUCAAACACCUUUAGCUCAAGGUGGCUGCGGCGUGAGUCGCAGGGACAAGGAGCCAGUGGGCACGGGGCAACAGUGGCUCUGAGCCACCCUGAUGAAGUGGACGGUGGGUGUCCCCCUCUCAACACGUCCACAGACGUGCGCUGUAGACUUUCCGUCCAGACUCCCCAGAAUAACCUCUGGCAGCUAAAAUCUGAAAGUCAAAGGCAAGGUGUUUUAGAUAAUAAUAACUGCGGCAUUUGUUAGGCACUUACUAUGUGCCAGGCAUAGUACUAAGAGCUAGGGAGGA